GAUUCAGAGUCACCAGCAGAAGAGUCAGCUGCAGUUCAUUUCACAGGUGCACUGCUUUGGCUUAAGACAAGACAUUGUUCUACAAGAGAGGUUCACAGCAGCAUAAUGUUUUCCAACAGCUCACUGCCUCCUAGCAGUAAGAAUGAUCCCAACAAUAUGGUUACUGAAGCCAUUAUGGAAACCAUAAAAACCGUCCUCGUUACACUGACCGUGGUGUUUGGGAUCACAGGGAACUCUGUGGUGAUCUGGGUUGCAGGAUUCAAGCUCAAGCAGAAAGUUAUCAAUGUGUGGCUGGUGAACCUGGCGAUAGCCGACUUCAUCUUCUGCAUUACACGUGUUUUCUCCCUGAUCAAGAAACUCUUCUUUGACCACUGGCCCUUUGGAGAAUUUCUCUGCAGGUUUCAUGGCUUCUUUAAAUACGCCAACAUGUUCUGCUCCGUCUUCCUGUUGGCUGUGAUCAGUUUGGACAGGAUGCUCUGUGUGUGGAGGCCCUUCUUUGCAAAGCAACAUCGUACCCUGUGUGCUGCCAGGGUGGUGGCAGUUUGUGUCUGGAUCGCAGCCAUCCUCCUCAGUAGUCCCUUCUUGUUCUACAGCCACUUCCAGCUGGGAGAAAACAACAAGAGCAAAUGUUCUUUGGAGACAAAGAAGGGAGACAACACCACCAAAGUUGCUCUGUACUUAAACAGGUUCCUGUGUGGCUUUGUUUUCCCUUUCUUGAUCAUUCUUAUCUGUUACAUCCUGACUGCCAUCGGUAUCCGACGCACUCGCCUUGUAGGAAAGACACGCCCCCUGCGUAUCCUGGCAUCGCUGGUCAUUGCAUUCUUCUUGUGCUGGGGUCCUUACCACUGUCUGCUCCUGGUGAAGAUGGUGGAUAAAGAGAAUGCAGUGCUGAAAAUCUGGCAGCCUUUGGCCAAUGGCUUUGCCUACUUUAACAGCUGCGUGAACCCGCUGCUGUACUUCUGCAUGGGGCUGGAUGUGAAGCCGGAGCUGCGAUGGAGUCUAAUAGGAAUUUGUAAGAAAGCUCUGACUGAUGAUAGUGAAGAACAGGUGAUCCAGUCAGAUGACUGAAAAAGCAUUGCAUCAAAAUAAAACUUUGUGUUUGGAGAAAAAACAGAAGUUAAAGUUUCUUUUUGGUUUGAAAUGUAAAAUAUUUGUGUCAGAUGGAGUUGCACAACAUAUUCAAUUCAACUAAGCAUCUCACUUUUUUUUUUUUUACCAAAACAAGUACUUUCUGUUGUUUUUUUGUGUGUGUGCUUGUGAUUUACAAUGAAGGGAGAAAGUCAAAGUGUCUGUUUAUGAAAGAAUGAAAAAGCAGAAGGAAGUGAAAGUUUUCAAGGAAGUCCAGUAAUAUUUAUGAUUCAGUAAGUUUUGACAAAGAUCAAGAGGAACAAAUAAAAUGAAGUUGUAUGGAAAGUGAA